GCAACUAAAGGAAAAGACCGUCGUUGUAUUUCAGUCGUCUCUACUCUCUAGUCUCUCCACAUAUGUUUUCCAGCUGCAGUAACUACUGUUUAGCUCUCGUUAAAGUUUCUCGAGUUGCCAAGUAACACGGCAUUUCUCGAUACUCUCUAUCUAUGGUGAAUAUGGUUAAAUCAAUGUCAAUGUCAUACUUGGGGAUGAUGGUAUUAUUAUGGUGGUUGGCUGUGGCAGUGGUGGCAGAAGAUGUUAAGUACAAAGAUCCAAAACAGCCUGUUGCUGCUAGAGUAAAAGAUCUCUUGGAAAAAAUGACAAUGGAAGAGAAAAUUGGUCAGAUGGUUCAGAUUGAAAGGAUUUCAGCUACUCCUGAUAUCAUGAAGCAGUACUUCAUUGGAAGCAUGCUAAGUGGUGGAGGGAGUGUUCCGAAUCCACAAGCAACUGUCGUUGAUUGGAUUAAUAUGGUGAAUGGGUUCCAAAAUGGGUCACUUUCAACCCGUUUAGGGAUCCCAAUGAUUUAUGGAAUUGAUGCUGUUCAUGGGCACAACAAUGUCAUUAAUGCUACCAUAUUUCCACAUAAUGUUGGCCUUGGAGCCACCAGGGACACUGAUCUUGUGAAGAGAAUUGGUGCUGCCACUGCUGCUGAAGUUAGAGCCACUGGCAUUCCAUAUGCAUUUGCUCCUUGUAUUGCUGUAUGCAGAGAUCCAAGAUGGGGACGAUGUUACGAGAGUUACAGUGAGGAUACCAAAGUUGUUCAAAGUAUGACUGACAUUAUAUUAGGGUUGCAAGGUGAAAUUCCAAAGGGAUCUCGGUUGGGUGUCCCAUAUGUUGCUGGAAAGGACAAGGUUGCUGCUUGUGCAAAGCACUUUGUGGCUGAUGGUGGGACAACUCAUGGAAUUGAUGAAAACAACACAGUGGCCAACCAACAUGACUUGCUAAGUAUCCACAUGCCCCCUUACUAUGACUCAAUCAUCAAGGGUGUAUCAACAGUCAUGGUCUCCUAUUCCAGCUGGAAUGGUAAAAGGAUGCAUGCCAAUGGUGAUCUUAUUACUGGAUACCUCAAGAACAAGCUUAAUUUCAAGGGUUUUGUUAUCUCAGAUUGGGAAGGAAUCGACCGAAUUACUUCCCCUCCUCAUUCCAACUAUACUUACUCUGUCCUGGCUAGCGUCUUAGCUGGCAUUGACAUGGUGAUGGUCCCUAAUAACUACAAGGAGUUCAUUAAUGAUCUCACAUAUCUGGUGAAGAACAACUUCAUCCCAAUGGAACGUAUUGAUGAUGCCGUGAGCAGAAUUUUACGAGUCAAAUUUACAAUGGGACUGUUUGAGAACCCUCUUGCAGAUUUCAGUCUAGUUAACGAGGUUGGAAGCCAGGCACACAGAGACAUAGCAAGAGAGGCAGUAAGGAAAUCGCUAGUGCUUUUGAAGAAUGGGAAAAGGACAGAUGAACCAAUGCUACCACUCCCCAAGAUGUCAUCAAAGGUUUUGGUUGCUGGAAGUCAUGCAGAUAAUCUGGGCUACCAAUGUGGUGGUUGGACAAUCGGUUGGCAAGGAUUUAGCGGGAAUCAAAACACCACAGGAACAACUAUCCUAAACGGAAUCAAAUCCGCUAUUGACCCCACCUCCGAUGUCACUUACAAUGAGAAUCCCAACACUGAAUUCAUUAAAUCAAAUAACUUCUCUUACGCCAUAGUCAUCGUUGGUGAACAUCCUUACACCGAAAUGUUUGGAGAUAGUUCAAACCUGACAAUCGCGGAUCCCGGUCCAAGUGUCAUCACAAACGUUUGCAGCCAAAUAAAGUGCGUUGUCGUCAUCAUAUCCGGUCGCCCGGUUGUGAUCGAACCGUAUAUGUCUGCAAUCGAUGCUUUGGUUGCCGCCUGGUUACCUGGCACCGAAGGCCAAGGUGUGGCGGAUGUUCUUUUCGGUGACCAUGAGUUCACCGGAAAACUUCCCAGAACUUGGUUUAAAACUGUAGACCAACUCCCGAUGAACAUAGGAGAUCCGCAUUAUGAUCCCCUCUUCCCCUUUGGAUUUGGACUCACAACAAAAUCAGUAAUCGACAGGUCAAUAUCUGGUGGGGCCAUUGGAACACCAUCUGUAGUUGUGGUUUUGGGUUUGGUGGUUAUCGGUUUUUGUUUAUCGCAAAGGUACAUUGCCUAACUCCUCGGCUUCUAGUUUAGAUGAUAUGCUAUGUACUGUAUCAUUUUGUAGACUUUAGGGGAAUUAUUAUUGUAAGAGGUGUUCUGGAUUUUUAGACUUUUAGUUAUGUGAUUGUAGUCCGUUGGGUUGAAUAAUUUGAGUUUUAGAGAUGAGACGAUUCGAUGCAAGGUUAUUGUUAUAUUAUUUUUCAUCA